AAUUCCCAUUCGUGCUCUCCUGAGUCCCUGAAAAGUCUUCAAAUCACAAGUUUAAAUAUUGCUCAUGCAAGCGGAAUCACAUUUAAGGAAAUCGUCUCUAACUUGAAUAGUGAAACUCGUGAGAAACUUACCAGUCUGAACAUAACUGGUAUGAGAAUAGUGGAUGCUUCGGACUUUUUCCAUCUGAGAAACUUGAGCAGUUUGGAUAUUAGCUACACAAGUGCUACUGCGGAAGAUCUGCAAGUUAUAGUCACAGCAUGUUCACAUCUGAAAUACCUCGAUAUUUCAGUCACCUCUAUUGAAGAUAUAAGUUGUCUCCUUUCACUGAAAGACCAACUAGAGGGUCUCUCCAUGCAUUUCCAAAUAUUGCCAAAGAGUAGAGUGUUGGAAGAGAUGAUAUCGAUAAUUGUACAGCUGGUGGAACUUCGGAGACUUGAAUUUUCGUGUACCAUGAGACAACAGCGUCCUUUUCCACCUUUGACGGAUUUUUGCUCGAGUGAUGCUCUAAUCCAUCUAGAGCAAUUUGAUAUUAGUGGCAAUCCACUUUCCUUUCCUCCAAUUGCAAUUAGGUGCGUGUCUGGCGAUACCUCUGAGGAGUUACUGGUAGAAAAAUUGAGGCGCUACGGGAAACGAUUCGAAUUAUGUGAUUAUAUGCUAAGGGGUUUCAAUUUUCGGUGGCGUCAUCGAGAAAUAGUGAGUCCGGCAAUUCUCAAAGCCGUUCUAAAUAUAGAUGAGGUGAUUCCUAAUGAUCCUAUCUGGAUCGCUCGUCUCCACGGGGCUGUAACUAACAUAAUGGAAAAUUUGGACGUGGAUAAUUUAACAUUUGAACUUGGCCAACAAGUAAUGAAAUAUACGAUGAGUUAUAUACUUCGAUUUGAAAGUGGUUAUCAGCUUCUACGUUUGCUGAUUAAUAAAUUUGGAAUAAUCCCAGAUGGAACCUACUUAAAUAUUCAAUCAAAUUCUUUGUAUAUGUCAUUCUUGAUAAGAUACAUCAGUGAAAUGAGCACACAUUAUUUGGUGGUUGACAGGUUUCCCCUCAGGGCAACGUUCUCAGCUCUAACUGAACGGAUUCAAAAAAAUCCCGAUGUAAUUUGGUCACUGUAUAAGAGUCUUAAGGGAAGUGAAAAUGCUCGCACAAUAUUCCGGGAAAUGGAUGCUCUGAGAAUAAUAGGAAGAGUUGAGCGGGUAAGUUUGCCUCAUUUACAUAACCUAAUUCUCCAUGGUCCAUUGUUCAAAAGGAGCUACAUGGCAUCAAGGAUUAUCUGCAACCUUAUUUCCUUUGCCGAGGAUGACUGGACCUCCUUAUUUUAUUUUAACAAGAACGAUAUCCUGGAGUCAUUUGGGAAAGCGAUUUGCCAAUGGGAACCACCAUUCGUUUUAUCGCAUGAAGAAAGGCCCCCAUUGGGCCACUUGGAAUAUAUCCUCUCUAAACGAACAUCUCGCCUGGAAGUGAAACUGUGGGCACUCUGGUCCAUUCGUCAUUUAUACGCUAGUGGUAUGGCUUCCCACUAUUUUCGACUUCUUGUCUCAAUUUGCCAAUGUAAUAAAGGGAUUCUCAACAGCCACACGUUUUUAAAGCGUCUUCUGCGUGAAAUUUCAUUUUCAACUCCGGAUCAAUUGGUCUACCAUCCAAAGCCAACAAGUAUGGGACCAGUAAUAGAUAAGGCGUUUGGAAGAUAUCUUACAAUGACCUUCGCAGAGGGAUUAGUUAGCGAAACCCAAGGUGUCACUGCUAUUCUGAGAGGACGUCACUAUCAAGCUGGUAUUCCCGUCAAAAGUAGUGAUUGCGAUAAACUGGGUGUAAAUGAGAAUCCCCCACCUUUGGAAGCCUACAUGCAAGCACAGAGGAAAUUCGCCCUGAGGUUGAAGAAACUUGCGGUUGAAUUAAAUGAGACGUUCUAA